GGUCAUGAAUCAUCUGUGGCCAGAGUAGACAGAGGGAAGCAGGAACACUGAGGCUAUUCAAAAGCUGAUUUCAAAAGGGCAGAGUAACCAUUUUGCUAGUCUUCAGAAGUAUUAUGCAAUCUUGAAAAAAUAUUUCAGACAGAAGUGGUGACAGCAAAAGCAGAAACUUUCUCUGAUGGGGAUAUAGCAGAAGAUUUUUAUGGGAGGUGUGCAGUUAAUGAUUAUAUAAACCCCAUCACCAUUUCUGACAUUUUUAUGACAUAGUCUUCCUUAUUGGUAUUUCAUGCUCGUUUCUAUUUGGAUUAUUUAAAACAGUUCUUUCCAGAGCAAGGCAUUUAAACUUCACUAGAACACUGCUUAUUGAAUAGUGCAGGUGCCAUUCACAAUAUCACCUCUACAGCUUUCAAGAAUUUGCUGUGCUUCCCAGUGACUAUUAUUUUGAAGCUCUUGUGACUUGCAGUAGUCUUCUAAAUCAGCAGUCAUACAUCACUGUCCAUCUGGUGAAAAAUGCAGCAAUUCAUGGUGACCAAAAGGCAGCACAGACUUCGAUGAAGAUUCCAGGCUUUGUGUAAGAAACUCGAUCACUGUAAAUACACAGUAUACAUGCUCUGUCCUGGAAGCUCACACAUAGACAUUUUCAUUCAGAAACAGGAGAGAUGUUUAUGUUAAAUUUUAAAACUCCUUGAAAGCUAUUUAAGAAUAGAGAAUGUAGAAUGACUGUUCCUGAACACUUCUAUAAGUAGGUCUCAGAUAUGACUAAAUCGCCAAAAUUUGGCAGGUCUUAAUAGAACGAUGCCCAAACGCUCCUACAAACUUAGCCCAGCGUCCAUGUGAGAAACCGCGUUAAUAGCUGUUCUACAGCAGUCGAGGAAUCCAACGUGAGUUGAAGGGGAUGACCGCGAUAAAAACCACGCUCCGAGAACAGUACACCAAUGUCUUUAAGCACGCUCAGCGGUUGCACUUUCUGCGCUGCGUCUCCUUAUCGCAGCAGUACUUCUGGUUUAUUUCUCGGUGCUUACGGCCGCGCCGCGUUAUCUCUGCAGCAGCGCUGGAGGCUCCCAUCGGCGCCCCGGCUCUCCGCCACAGCCAUGUGCCCGACGCCUCGGGCCCCAAGAAGGAGCGGGCGGAGCCCCGCGGACAGGUCCACUUGCAGUCGCCGUUCUGAGCGCGAAGGACCGGGCAACCCUGUACAAAAUACUUGUAAAAAGCAGUGUGGCGACUGCCGGCUCGCAACAAGCGGCGCGGGGCGGCGCCGCCCGGGCACGGGGCCGAAGGAGGGCGUCAGCGAGGGCGUCCGCCUUGCCCCUCCCGCGCGGCGCUGGCGGCGAUGAGCGGGGUUCCGAACAUGGAGGACUACGGGCUCUUCCUGGCGCUGCUGGGCUCGGCGCUGCUGGUCGGCUUCGUUUCCGUCGUUUUCUCCCUCGUCUGGGUCUUCAACUACCGCGAAGGGCUCGGCUGGGACGGGGGCUCGGCGGAGUUCAACUGGCAUCCCGUCCUCAUCGUCACGGGCUUCGUCUUCAUCCAGGGCAUCGCCAUUAUUGUGUACAGGUUGCCAUGGACCUGGAAGUGCAGCAAACUCCUAAUGAAGUUCAUACACGCUGGAUUAAAUACCAUAGCUAUGAUUCUUGCAAUUGUUUCUAUGGUAGCUGUGUUUGACUACCACAAUGCCAGGAGCAUCCCCAACAUGUACAGUCUGCACAGCUGGAUUGGGCUGACUGCUGUUAUAUUUUAUUCUCUUCAGCUUUUCUUAGGUUUUGCUAUCUUCCUACUCCCAUUUGCUCCAGUAUCUCUCCGAGCAGCUCUCAUGCCAAUACACGUUUAUUCAGGGCUCCUCAUCUUUGUAACAGUGAUUGCAGCAGCUCUCAUGGGAAUCACAGAGAAACUUUUAUUUGCACUGAAUAGUACUGUGUACAGUACAUCCCCACCAGAGGGGAUUUUUGUCAACUGCCUCGGUCUCUUGAUUGUCAUAUUUGGUGCACUUAUUUUGUGGAUGGCAAGCAGGCCCCAUUGGAAGCGCCCACCAGAAGAGAAUGCUAAAGUUCAGCAGCCCAAAGGAGGAGCUCCUGAAGGCAUGGAAGCAGAAUCUACAAUGACAGAUGGCAGUAAUGCAGACAAAUCUGAUGUGGGGUUCAACAGUGAAGCAGCCAGAAAACGAAACUUCAAACUUGAUGAAGCAGGGCAACGAUCAACAAUGUAAAGAAAAUAUAUGCAGUAACAGUACUGCUAAACCACCAAAAAAAGCCUCUGUUCCUUCCAGUUGUUAUGUGAAUAUAUACAAUGUGUCCCAAACACUUUGUAUUGGUUCAUACUCAGUCCUCACUCAAAAAAUUGAGAGCACGGAUAGCAUCACAUAUUGGGAAAACGUUUUCCAUCUCCCUUCUUAAAUUAAUAUGUCUAAGAGUCAUGAAGAGUUACUGAGACUGAAUUCUGAUAGAUUUUAAAAGGUAUGAGAGAAAGUUGUGAAAUAUAGCAGAAAACAGAAUUUAGCCAUUAGGACAUAGCUUUUUUUUGCUAACGUUCACUUUUCUGAAGUCAUGAACUAUCACAUUGAUUAACCCCUCUUCAACUGCUAAGAGCUGCAGGAUUUGAGGUUAGUCAGCACUUGGCUGAGUUGCACUAUAAAGUCCUUUAAUCUAAAAUUUUGAAUUCAAAUAAAGAAAUUAACAGCUUGCCCUGAUAUCUUCAUGAUAUGUUCUGUGUUUAAAGCCUUCUCAGUUUUUGUUUUUAUUUUUUAAAUCUAAAUGUACCUGCUGACUUUUUUUUUUUAAAUCAGCUCCACCAAAUACAUUGUAUAGACAACAUAUCAUUAUUGAAAUCUUUGGAAAUCGUAAAACUUCCAAGAAUCUGUCUUAUUUUGAAAGGCAUAGAAACACACUUAGGAAAAAAAAAUGCAUCACUUAAACCAGGACUUCUAUCCCAGAAGGCCAUGGUUUACUCUCUUGAUUUGAUUGCACCUUGUUCCUUGGCAUUAGACUGGAAAUUAGUAAGUUAGAAAACAGAACAGACCGGUAGCAGACUCAGAGAAGAAAGGAGCUUGAACUGAGAAAUGUUUUCUGCCAAGAAACAACUGAGCUUUGCUGAUUGGACUGAAAUAUUACCAACUAACUGAAAGCUAGUUGUAGUAUUUACAUUCUGGUGCCACAAUCAUCAUCAUCACCAAAACAAAGACAUUCUUUAGUCUACAUAUAACUACAUAUAAACUCUAUGACUUAUCUUUUUUGAAAUUUAAGUCUUAAAUAAUGCAAUUCAAGUCUCUGCUGGCACUUUACUUUUAUAGCUCUUUAAGUAAUCAGAGUAUUAAUGCGUUAUGCUCAUUCAGUUCUUUCACAGAUAUAAAAUAUGCUUUUUUUUUUUUUACUACCAUAGAAGAAUUACAGUAUAUUAUUUUGAUUGCACAUUUUCAGAAUUAUGAGCCUUUGUAUUAUAAUCUCUAUAAAAGUCAUCUUGGAAACUGCAAUACCUGUUCCAAAGAACUAGAUAUAGGCAGUUUCAGAUAGCAGAUUGUUUUUUUAUUAUUUUUUGUAAAUAACUACAUAAAUUUGCAUCUAUAUCAGCAUCUCAUUUCCUGUUAUUUGAUUUUUUUAAUAUUUAACUGUUUGAGUGCAGUACAGAAAACUAGUAUUGCAAUUUUAGAAAAAACUUCUGCUCUACUAUUUGGUACUCAAGGACUACAUCCCAGAGUUCUGUUUUCACUUACUACAUGUGUGGGUGUCUAAGACCCUUUCAGCAUUGGUUUCAUUUGAGAAAACACAUGCUUUUAAAUGCCUUACUACAGCAUUCAGAAAUGCAAGAAGGAAAUACCAUCCUAUUGUGUGAGCACUUAUCCAGUCCCAUAGCAUACAGCGGAUUGGACAGUUUUUUUCCCUUGUUUUUCAAGCAUAGGUUUUUCUACAUUCUAUACAGUUGACUGCUUUCUCUAACCUAGCUUCAGCAUAAAAUCCAACUACUAUUGAUAGUAGCAUUAUGAAAGAAAAAGAGCACUAGUUUUACCUGAAAUUAGUGCUCAGCUGUUAGGACAUGAUUACUUUAUGCAUCUCAUUAUUCUUCUGGAGCAUACUAAGCUAUGUUACCUUCUUUCUUGUUAUCUCCUUAUAUUCUGCUAAAACUAGACUGCUUUUCUGAUGAAGUCAGUAAGCAUUUUACAGCUGAUGGAUUCCCAGUUAGUCUUUGUGAGAGAUGUUCUGGUAAUGCUUUCAAAGUGUGAGACAAUGUAUGCAGUUCAAAACAGGUUGUUUUAAGUUGGCAUGUAUUACGCUGUUGCUGCGCCUCAUCUACCACUGAAAAUGAGCUCAUUCGAUGCUUGCACAGCACUAAGUCAUCUAAUAAAAGGUGUGCAAGGCAGAGCCUUGUCCAAGGACUGAUCUAGAAGAAACUCUUAACUGUACACUAUGUUGGGAAGAAAAGAAAAAAUCCUUAGCAUCUCUUACUUUUUAUUACAAUAUUGACUUGGAUGCAUCAGAGUUCCGUAUGCUGUUUGAAAUUAAGCUACAGUAAUUAAUAUGACCUUGGAUUCCCGUUUUGUUCCAUGCACUGGUCAAGAGUAAUGAUACUUCCAUUCUAGAAAUUACAGUCACAAGCAGAUAACCAGUGAUAGUUCAUUUGCAUGAAGCAUGAGUUUCUGACUGCUUUGAAUUUUGGAAGGUCCCUGCAAGAUGCAGUAGUUCUGAGUUCCUAAAAUCUUGCUCUACCUUAGUGUGUGCAAUUUAAAAUAGACUGAACAUACUACAGACUAUCAGCUUCUGUUCUAAACUGAUUAAAAAGAUCUUGAGGUACUCAAGAUCUAACUAACACAAGGUUAGUUCAAGUGCUAAGUAAAAUUACAUACAACUUCAGAAAUCAAUUUCCUUUGGAAAAAACACACUGCUCCAAGUGCUUCUCAGAGUGGCCUUCCAUCACAUUUUCUUUCAUACGGUGUUUUUAAACCUACAAUUACACGUUGAAGCACCAGCACAAGAAAUAACAAGUUAUAUUUUCAAAAUGAAACUUGAAAUUCUAAUUUUUUACCAGGAUUUUUUUUUGCAUAUAUUUUUGCAUAUACAUGACAAGAUUGUAUAGCUUACAUUCCAGGUUGGGAUUCCUGUAAAAACUUAGGACAUUCCGAAACCUAACACUAACAGUAUAUUAAAGAUAUCUGAAAAGUAACUAUUUUUGAUGUAGUUGUCUUGCAGUACUGAGCAUAGAAAAAGUGGUGGUUUUUUCCCUAACAUUAAUGAAACUGAAAAAUGCUGGUGCAAAUAAGAUAUUAAAAUAGAACAUACACUAAUUAUGUGCACACAUUUUACUACAUGUAGAAAGCAUAUGAUAUUGUAAAUACGUAUUACUUGUAUACAUGGAUAUUUUAUUGAAAGACUAGCAGAUAUUGCCAAAUAUUUUCCAAUACAGAAGACUAUCAUCUUAUCCUAUUUCAGAAAAUUUUCUGUUUCUAACUGUUCAUAAGAACUUAAAGAAUUAUCUUAUUGUUUUGUUAUCUGCCAUACUUACUUGCAGAUUAAAAGAAAUGUUCAAUUACAAUGUAUAUUUUCCUUAUUCUUUUUUAUGUUAAUAAAAUAGAUUUUUCAAGCUAACAAUACCACUGAAUACAGAUCUAUAUUAUGGUACUAAAACAACUGUCAGUUUGGUAAAAGAUUGAAUUACUUUUAUGAUUGCAUUUUUUUUUUGAAAACACAAACAGGAUUUCUCAUUUUUUCUUAAGAUACUACAAGUGUUUCUCAUGAUAUUCCACAUGAAAUGUACGCAUGGUGUAGUAUUAGAAGGCUAAAGUACAGUCAUUGUAUAAUAAAAAGCAAAGGAAUUCACUGUAUAAAGAAAGAAUCUGCAUUACAUUUGGUCAUAACAGGAGUUUCUCAUUAACUUUUUUAAUCUGUUAACAAUGGCAUAAAUCAGUCAUGAGAUUACCACAGCAAAUAAGAAAAGAUUAUCAUUUCUGAUACAUAACUGUAAAGUGGUCACAUAACAUGCUAUAAGAGCCAAAUACCCUUAGAUA